AUGGAUGUCCCGGAGUUCCGUCGCCCUCUCCCCGGCCCGGCCAGCCCCGCGGCUCCCGAUGUCCGUCGCUCCUCGGCCGCCUCGGCCGCCAGCCCGCGUGACAUGUCGCGGAAAAGGAGCUUCAGUUCCGUCGACCAGCACUCGCCGCUCUCCGACGAGCUCGCCGGCUCCGCGGCCAACCGCCGCAAGGCGCAAAAGGUCAGCCGCGCGUGCGACUUUUGCAAGCAGCGUAAGGCGAAAUGCAGCGGCACCAUCCCCUGCGACAAGUGCACUCGCAAAGGUCUCACGUGUGUGUACGAUGCCAAGUAUUCCCGCGGGAGACCCCCGACGCCGCCGCCGUCGGCCGCCUGGUCGUUGGGGUCCAAUGCCGCUUCUCACCCCGGCGCCGUGUCCGUGUCCGGGUCAGAGGAGCCUUCCGUACUGUACCAGACCACCGAAGCAGCCGAGAACAACGCUGCCUCGGUAUCAUCGAGAUCGUUGCGUGGGCAGGUUCGUGAGAGUCAAGGCCCGGCAUCGCGAGCCUCACCCGAGCUCGGCAUGGCGGAAAUCCAGGGUCAGAUCUUCGACCCGACGUCGGGGGUGACGUUCUUGCACCGGGCGUGGAAGCGGCUGUCGAAACAUGACAGCAGCAUCGUCCCGGAUGAAUUGAGUGCCUCGACGGAGAGCCAGCCGCUCAUGCUGGCCGGCGACAAACCCCUGCCGCCCAUAACCGACGACGAUGUGGCCAGGUUUUCACUCCCCGAACCCAGAGAGCUGCAGGACUUGCUGGCUUUGUACUUCGAUGUGUGCAUAGCGACAUAUCGCGUCCUGCAUCGCCCGUCCGUUGAGGCCUGGCUAAGGGUCAUGGUCGACAACCUCCGCCAGGGCAAAUCUGUCUGGCAGGACCUCGGCCGCGGCAAGGCGUCCAUCGUGCUCACGGCGCUUGCGGUCUCUACCGCACACCAGGAGAAGUCGAACGGUUUUCACUCGCCAGAGGACGAAACGCUGUCUCUAGCGCGGAGCGACCGGCUCUUUUGCGUCGCUCUUCAGCUGACGGAACGGGAGACCGGGCUUCCACGCCUCGAAUCAGCACAGUCGCGCCUGAUCCAGGUUCUCUACUUGCUCACCACGUCGCGAAUGAAUCGUGCUUGGUACAUGUUUGGGAAUGCUCUCCAGAUCAUUUCCGCCCUCGGGAUGCAUCGCAAGGCGGCGAAGAAACGACAUUUGGCCGCGGGAAGCUCCGAUUACAUCCAGGCACAAUGCCGUAUGCGGACGUUUUGGACAGCCUACGUGCUGGACAAGUACCUGGGCGUGAUUUUUGGCCGGCCAAGGCAUUUCCAUGAUGACGAUAUCGACCAAGACUACCCCGACAGGAUCGACGACGAGGAUAUGACUGCGCAAGGCCCCAUUGAGCGAACGGAGGAGCAUCCGGACUGCCAUAUUGAUGCCCUGAUUUUCCACGCAAAAAUCGCGCAAAUUAUUGGCAACACUUCGAGAGAAGUCUAUUCCAUAAAGCCCAUCUCUGAGCGGGAGCGAGUGGCCGCCGCUCACCGCCUGAGCGAGAAGAUCCACGAAUGGCGCGCCAGUUUACCGCCGCAUCUCGGUUCGAUCCGGCCGUCGAUGCUCAUUCCGAGCUUCCGUCGGCAGGCGACGGUGUUGAAGCUGGCCUACUCGCACGCCAUCAUGCACGCCAACCGGUUGUUUCUCCUUGGCAACCUGAGCUCCGGCAGUGAAAUGCAGAUACUCGAGUGCAUCGGAGCCGCCAGGACGGUGCUCGAGACUGUCGACGGCAUGGCUGCAGAGGGACCCAUCUUUCAUGCCUUCUGGUGGACGCAGUACGUCACGUUCUGCGCGUUGUUGGUGACUUAUGUCUGGGACAUCCAGCAGAAACGAAGGGGGACCUUUUUCGAAGGAGAGAGCAAGGCAAAACACGUAAAGCUCAUGGACUUGGCCGAGCGCUGUCAAACGCACCUGGCUCACGCCACGGCUUCAAACUCGCCGAGCCGUCGGUACGCCAUCAUUCUCGAAGAGUUCCGCACAGAAGGUCUUGGCCACAUGUCACGGAAAUCUCAAGUACCUGCACAACCGUCCCGGGUGUCGGCAUCCCGCCCAGUUGGGCCUUCAGCAGAGGCCCAGGUACUGCCCAAGCAAAGUCAUGGAAACGGAGCUGCCGCAAUGGCUGACGGAUUCGAAUUCAACCCCGCAUACGCUGACGAAUCUGGAGCCGUUGACCUUAUGGGCCAGGGAGACGCGGGGUUCCUGGGGUCCAACUUGUUGGAUGAGUGGCAGACGACGGACUGGCUGGAGCUCGAUUCAUCAGCCUUUGGUCCAUACAUGGAUAUCGAUGCAAAUCCGCUGGCUUGGAUGCCGGACAUUGGUGGAUAG